AUGGCUCCUAGUCGACACCAUAUCGGAACGAGCCGUAGGAAGAGACGGGAUGACGAGGGUGAGGAUGAGGGCUCGCUCGCUGGAGAUCUGGAAGAUGACUCCUUGAGUGAAGGGUCGGUAGAUAGCCGCCAAGAUGAAGAGGAUGCCGACGGGGAAGGAAGUGAAAGUGACGGAGAGUUAUCGACUACGGCAGCCACCGACAAACUGAACGGUAGCAAGGUCAAUGGCCGGGAGCUGCCACUGCCUCAACGACACAGCUCCGCCUCACCCAGCAAACCAGCCCUCAAAACCACGGUCUCGGACACAGAAGCGAUGUUAAAUGGGCUGAAGAUCUCAGAUGAGGGUGAGGAAAUUCUGUUUGACCAGAUGGGUGAAGAUCACGAGCUCCAGAUGGGCCGGACGCCGUCUGCUCCACCCACCGAACCAAAGCGGGACACAUUAGCUACAAGGAAGCGUCGAGAGCAUGAGAAAUUUGUGAAGGAGCGAGAUCAGAACCCGGCUUUCGUUCCUAGUCGAGGCAGCUUUUUCUUACACGACAAGCGAUCGUCUGAACCUGGAACAAACGGCUUCCGCCCCUUCAAUAAGGGCAAGUCGAGGCCGUACGGUCUCAUUGUGGAUGGGAAUGCUCGCAGAAGCUCUUCAAAGCCUGAUGCAAGUGAGGGCCAGUGGACACACGACCUUCACGAAACGGUGGCUGGCGACAAAGCACCUGCUCCGAAACACCCUGCCCCAUCCACAGCACCUCCAGCACCUCCACCCAUCAUGACCGUUCCGACUGCCCCCAGAUCAUCUCCUCCAAAUCGAUCCUUCUCCAGCACCACCUUGGUUGGCAAUGUCCCUGUCGUGGUUCUCUUGCCUGGCAUGGCUCAGGCCAAACCAUUCCCAGCGGUACCCAAAAAGCAGCAUACCCGUCUCCCUCAACACCGCCCUCCCUUGCGCCGCGACAAACCGGUGCGCAUCUCUCUUCCUGGUCAAGAACCUCGUUAUAUCUUCCCGUCCACCGAGCGGUCCUUCAUCUUUAUUCCACGGGCCUUACGCCCCAACCAACAAGGCUAUCGCGGCCGGGGCCGUGGAGGUAGCUUCUACGGUCCUCCCCGACGACCCAGCUACUAUCCCAACAGCUAUGCAUCGAGCGUCAUGAGUAUGAGUCGCCGGUCUUCCUUCGGCCUGCCACCAUCGCAGGAUGGGUACCCGUCCCCGGCGGGCUCGGUCUAUUCCCGACCGUCUAUGAUUCCUCCUGAUGUCGGCAAGCCCAUUGUGCGGCUGCCUCCUCCUCCUCGUCCCCCAGUCGGUAUGCCGCCUGCUGGACCUGGAGUCGGGCUUCCUCCUGGAAUGAUGCUCCCGAUUCCGUUCCCACACCCUGCCUACCGUGAAAGUCGCCCCGCAACCAUCCCCAUGCAUCAACCGCGCCCUCAAAAGGCCGUGUCUGUGGCCGAUAUUGAAAGCCCUGCCACUUUCCCAUUCAAUCCGCAGCAAACCCAGCAGGAUCAGCCUUUCCACCACCAGGUGCCCGCUCCUGCCGCCGGACCAGGCCAGGAGCAGCCAACACAGGGCUCAAGUCAGCCUUCUGGAACCCCCCUCUCUCAAAUUCCCGAGCGGGCGAUCCAUGCCCAGCCAUUUCAACCAUUUGGCUAUCCCCCGCAGCCUGCUUUCUACCCGGGCUAUGCUCCUGGUGCGACAAUGUAUUAUCCUGCUCAAGGGCCCGAAUUCGCCUCUUAUAAUGGCCCGAUGGGCCCCGGGGCAUCGAUGCCAAAUUUCCCUCCCGGGCAGCAGUCUGUUCCUUAUGCCGGGCCAUCCUCUUCGGGUGAACAGCCCUCACAGCCGGGCAUGGUGGCCCACGAGUCUGGCGGCACGGUCUACUUCUACGAUGCGAACCAAAUGUAUUCGAAUCCCACGUUUGGCGUGCCGGGUGGCGGGCCCGGGCCCGGGCCCGGAGGGGUCGUGGGAAUGGGGGGGAUGAUGACGCCGCCGGGGACUGCCUACUACUACGCCCAACCAUCUGGGGGCGGGGGAGUAUACUACGGCCCGCAGUAG